AUUUUCCUGAGAAUGAAUGUGAAACAGUUAAGUUUGCAUUUAUCAAGGGAUCGUAAUUUUUCCUGAUUCUGAUUGCCAAGACUUUGGGCUGUUCGGGUCAUAUUAGCACUUGAAGACUGGAAGGUUCUACAGAAUAUCGAGUUCAGUCUCCUUUAACAGGGGGAAAGCUAAGGUCGAGAAGGGUAACUUGUUAAAUAUGGUAAAGUACAAAAGAAUCUAGUCAGCCCCUGGUGCCGGGGGAGCGGUUGAGUUAGUAGAGGGAGAUGGAAUUCUGUGGCCAGGCUCAUAGAGGAGUGGAACUUCUGGAGCUAAGAGAAUUCUCGGCUUCCAGGGCAACGGCGUUUGUUGUCCGUGCUGAGAGGAGAGGGUCUGCUGGCGCACAGGAUACACCUGGGUCCCGCUCCUCUUAGUGGAUGGGCCCGAGGGUCUCACUCCUCUUAGUGGGUGGACCCGAGGGUCUCAUUCCUCUUAGUGGGUGGGCCCGAGGGUCUCAUUCCUCUUAGUGGGUGGGCCCGAGGGUCUCAUUCCUCUUAGUGGGUGGGCCCGAGGGUCUGUCUCCUCUUUGUGAGGGGGGAGGGGGCAGGCGAGUGUCCUUUUGGGGACAUUGAGCUUCCUGGGCCAUCCCAGCCUGUCAUCCGGCUAGAUGCGUCUCCUCUUCUGUGUUGUUGGCCUUGGUGCCAUAUGGAUGCUGUGUACCUGUGAAGAUCCAGGUGUGGCAGUACAAUUCGAUAAUAUUUUGGAAAGGGAAACGAAGUCUAUUCACGAUACGGAAACAAUAUUAGGACCACAAGAUGAUACAGGUCAUUUCUUCUAUCCGAAAACCUGUAGAGUCAACGAGGGAGAACAAGUGGAACCAUGUCAAGGAAAUCAAGACCUUAAUAAGACCAUGUGUUUGAAAUCUAACUGCUGCUUUUCUUCAAAAGACAACGACGAAACAACAUCAUGCUAUACUCCCGUAGUAGAUAAUGUCCAACUGACCCUUCGCUUUUUUGUCAUCGGAAUUGUAUGCUUGAUUCUGCUCGGAUGUCUUCCCAUUUGUUGCUGCAUCCUUUGUCAGCAUAGGUACGCGAACAUGCAAGCACAUACUAUAAGAGGCUUCUGGUAUUUGACCUACCCAGACAAGAGGAUCACGCCAUAAUCACUUAAAUGUGGUCGAACAUCGUAGAAGAAAAAACUUUGUUCUUUCCUUUACCACAUCCAUGAUUGCAUGUUCAAUAAAACUAUGUGGCUUUUGCUUCAUAUAAAUAA